GUAUAUUGUACGUACAAUGCAACAUGCCGAGUACCCAUGACUGUGUAGUGUCUGUGUUUAUGUUUUUCUAUAAGCUUCGUUCGCUACAUCGCACUCUCUUACUCUCUCACUUAAUUGGCUUUAAAAAUGUACCUUUCCUUUUGAAGUUGACGAAAACGUCGAUAGAUGUCGACGCUUGCAACGUUCGAUCGGUGGUCAGAAUAGGAAUGGUUGUAGACAGACUUGAGGAUCGUGAAAAAGGGCGUUGCAUGAGAAGAAGUCUAUCCUGGUUUAGCCUACUAGUCUGUAGGAGAGAAAUUUGUAGCGCGGUUCUGCGAUCUGACAGUUUAUGGCGCCACAAGCGAGAUAGGUUGAAUUAGUCAGCCGCAAGCUGCGGUGUAGCGACGGUGCGUAUCAUCGCUGUCUCCUCGUGUUGGCCAACGGGCCAAAAAUGGCGGAGAGGAUGAAGGCGACGGCCCCGACCUCCCGACCAGUUCCAAUGAAACUCUUUGCCACUUGGGAAGUCGACCGUACGCCACCGAAUUGUAUACCAAGAUUAUGUUCCUUGACGUUGACGCGUCUGGUUAUACUUCGGCCUUUGGGUUCCGAUCUGACGUCCAUCAUAAUCGCUGUAAAGAUGCAAAGCUCUAAGAGAACGCUGCGUUCUAACGAAAUGAUCAUACCAACCGGUGGUAUGUUAGACACGGAGUUAGAAUUACAAUUUGCGCUCCAAUAUCCGCACUUUCUCAAGAGAGAUGGCAAUAAGCUCCUGAUAUUAUUGCAAAGAAGAAAGCGUUAUAAGAAUCGUACAAUGCUCGGAUAUAAAACUCUCGCCGAGGGAGUAAUAAACAUGGCUCAGGUGUUACAGAAGCAAAUGGAUCUCGAAUUAGAGUUAAUAUCCGACAAAGCGGAAAAAUACGGUGGACAUUCGGUCGCUUUGGCACGCGUUAGUGUCGUAGCAUUGAGUUCUCAACCGGUCGAUCAUGAUAAAAGACUUAUCAAUGAUCCUAAUGAGAGAUUGUGUCAAGAAUAUAGCGACGAAGAAGAAGAAUUUAGUUCGGAGGCUGAAGCGGAGGGUAGCGAUAGCGAGCCAACCCUGGAGGUACAUAGACGAAAAAGUCGGGGAAAGAUCCCCACCAAUGCCAGACAAAGAAAUCUCAAGCAAAAAUUUAUAGCCCUUUUGAAGAGGUUCAGAGUGUCCGAAGAUUUGGAUCACGAUCAAGAAGAAAUCGGACAAAAGCUUUCAGGCGGUGAUAUGGAGAUCGAAGAGCUAUUCGACGAACUCGAAGAUUUGUCGGACAGUGGUCCAGAAUUGGAUACCAUGUCCGUCAGUAGUACACCAAAGCCUUCGCUACGGCCUUUUUUCAGUUCCAGUCGAUCUCUUUUAACACCUCCACAUUCAGUAGUAACAAGAGGGGAAGCUGACAACAACGCAAUGAGUACCGUAAAUCAGCACUACGUUGGAAGUCAACCAGCCAAAGAGAAACAGCAUAUUGGACAUGUAACAUCAGAACGCGGGGUCGACAGGCAAAGUGACGAUAGUUCGAGGAGAGCGGACAGCGAUUCUCAUCCUGAAAAUUGGACCGAUCACGAAGCUAAUGAUCCGCCGAGUAUCGUUGCCGGAUCUCCACCGAAGUCGGAACAACCGAAUAAAAACGAAAGUUCGGAUAGAAGAAGCAGACUUUUCACUCGUGAUCGUGGAACACCCGGUAGUAGUAAAUCCAAAAAGCACAGUCUAAGCGUCGACUUAAAGCCGUCCGGUGACUCGAGUAGCUCCGAGCCGAGGAAGGCCCUGGUCGAACAAUUGAGUCGUGUCUUGCCGGACGACAGUUUACCGGAAGCUGUAUCGCUAGUUUCCUUAGCAGACCCAGGCGGUGCCGUACUUGCCGCAAGACUUCAGGAAAGAAAUCACAAAGUACUUACUACUGCUUCUCCCGCGGACAUACGUGCCACGUUCACGUGUCUUGUAACAAGGAUACAAAAAUUUUGUAACAGUUCUGCCAAGCCGCCUUCGCCGGUAAAGGUCGUAAUCGCUGGUGGAGAUAGUUUUGUAAAUGCAGUACUACGACAUUACGUAGAAUUAUUGAGCUUCAAACCUCCCGAUUGGCAAAAUUAUUUAAGGUUCUUGGUCGUACCUCUAGGCUCUAAUACUUUGUCAAAAUAUCUAUCUUCUGUGGAUGCCAAAUACUCCGUUCUCUUUGGCGACGAAUGGAAAGAAUUACUCGAAAGAGAAGGCGGAGGUGCGAGCGAAGGCGCGGCAAGAGUAUCCGAAUACGUAGCUGCAACCAAUUCCACUUUACCAUUGCCGAUCGCAGAGGCAAUGGUAACAUAUAGGGAAACAGAUGACAGCAGCCAAAUAUUUAUUCCAUUCGUAAAUGACGUUCGGGUUGGAUGUCCCGACAGUAGUUCUUCCACGUCGGUCGAUCUCGAAGAAAGCAAUAUUACGAUGUCCGGUUCUCCUCCGUCUCUGCCACCGGCAGGAUUACCAAUUCCACCUCCUGGUAGAUUAACCCCGCCUAGCAGUCCUAAUGUAGGUCAGCCCGUCAGGGAAGGUUGGGAACCUGUGGAAUUGCAAUUGGAUUAUUGGAGCAAACAAACUCAAGGAGACAAAGGCAAGAAUACAUUGAGACAAGCUUUCAGAGUAUUACACGUGCAAAGACUUCCACCGUUGGGAGAAGCUCCAGGACAUCAUCUCUCCAUGAAUUAUACGACCAAAGAGAAGAAACAAAAGAUAAUGAGAUUAGGAAAAAAGAAAGAAAAAGAGAAGGAGAACGAACCAAAGAGUCAAACUGUAGAUGGUGUUACGCGUUUGAUAUGUUCGGCAAAAACUCAUAACAUUCCAUUGAGAGUGAGCAUCGACGGUACCGAAUGGUACAGUGUGAAAUUUUUCCAACUAUCGGCGCAGUGGCAAACGCACAUCAAGACCUUCCCUCUAGCCCUGUUCGAGUACACUCCUCAGCAACAAAUUUUGAACCCUGUGUGAAGUUUCUCCCCUUUUAUCGUUAAUUAAAUUUCCUUAAAUUCGUGUAUUUAAUAUUCCAUGCUGGGGUAACGUUGAGACUGCUUGAUUAGAAAUAUGCAAUAUCAAUAUAACCAGCAAAUUCCUGGAACUGCCCCGUCAUUAUUAAAGAGAUUAAAUGUUAUAAUUUACGAAUAGUUAUCGCAGAAUAAUCUGCAAUCAGCAAUUGACCGAUUAUAUUCUUCUAUUUCCUAAUUGCAUACAGAUCAUAUAUUAUAAUUUCUAUUUCUUCGCAUAAUGUUCGCAUAGUAGAGUCUGUUCAUAGUAGAGAAUGCGAGAUCAGUUUUCGUUGUAAUAUUAGUUAUAACAUUGAAAUUGAUCCAUAAACAUGGGAAAGUGCAAUUUUAUUGUACAAAAAUAUGAUUUACUUAUUGAUUCUUUAACAUAUCAUCGCAUAGACUUUGUAUGCAACUAAGGAAUCCAAAAGAUGCAUGUAGUUUUGAUUUUAUUGACUAUAAGUUCAUUAUCGUCCAGCCAAAUCUUUAUUUCGACUAUUUUAUUUUUCUAUGAGUCUCGUUUAAGUUGUACAUACGUCUGUUUGAUUAUAAGAUGGAAAUGUUGCUGGAUCUCUUGAAACUGAUUUUUUACGAUUGUCUUUUAUCCAUAUCAUUAAAUUAUAACAUAUAUCUAUAAUAUAUAAUGAUAUACAUUUUCUCAAUUAUAUCGUAGAUUUAGAAAUUAUAUUUUCCUUUUUUCUUUUUCUUUUUUUUUGGCUUGAUGGGGGGGGGGGGGUGGGGGAAGGACCGACGAUAUGGAUAAAUACCACUUUUAAUGCACAAAUAUAUAAGAACCUAUAUAUGCUAUAAUAUUGAAAAUUAAGAGUUAUUAAGUAUAGAAAAUAUGGGACAGUGUUAAUAUCUAGAGAAACGAGAUAUUACUUUGAAAAAUAUUGUUAAUGUAAACAAAUGCUGAAAGAAGUGUGAUAUUAAUAGACACGUUCCAUUUAAACAACUAAGUUUUCUACUAAAUGUUCGACGAUUUCAAAUUCUUGACUUCCACUGCAACAAUAAUGAAAAAAAUCUAUGUUCAUACAUUGUGCCAUAUAAUAUGUUUAUGUGUCAAACAUUAUAUAUAUACCUUAUUUUAAUUGAUAAUUAUUUAUUCCUUUGAAAAUGAACCAACUGAUAUUUGUAUUAAUUUCAUUAGAAUUUUCUUAUGUUUAAUUCUUUCGCAAGAUACGUUUUAUAUCCUACUUUGUAAAUAUGUAGCUUCUGAUUCAAGAAAUACUCUAUUUUCGGAUAUUUUUAUUUAAAAAUACGUCGUUGAUAUAAGAAAAGUUCCAUUACAAUAACAGUAGUAAUUGUGUCAAUAUUACUAUUACGAUUACUACUGCUGCUGCUGUUGCAACUACUGCUAUUACUGCUAUUAUUACUGCUGCUGCUGCUGCCGUUGUUGCUGUUACUGCUGCUGCUGCUGCUGCUGCUGCUGCUGCUGCUGCUGCUGCUGCUGCUGCUGCUGCUGCUGCUGCUGCUGCUGCUGCUGCUGCUACCACUACUCUUACCACUGCUGCUACUACUCUACUGUUCUACUUCUGUUACUACUCUACUACUCUACUACUACUACUGCUACUACUUUACUAUUACUACUACUACUAGAAAUAUCAUCAUCAUCGUCAUAAUCAUUGUUGUUGUUGUUGUUGUUAUUGUUGUUGCUGUUGUUAUUGUUGAUCUGUUUGUUAUUGUUGUUGUUAUGAACACCAUCUUUAAAGUACUAUAUAUUGAUACAAGUACGGACUUUAGUUUGGCCAAAUGUAAAAAAUUUCUUUUUUCCGUAUUUCUGUCGUUUAUUAAUAAUAUUCGCAUAAAAUUUGCUUGUACAAUUUUGUAUUUAUUUAUAAAGCAUAUUGUAAAUAUGCACAGUAUGGAAAAAUAUUGACAUUUCUUUAAAUGAUGUAAAUGUUAUCUUUGAAAAGACAUAGAGAUAACAUGUAUGUACGUACAUAACGAUUAUGUAUUUUUCAACUUUUUUCUUCAUUGAUAAAACGAUAAAAGAUAAAAGCGACAGUAUUUUACUGUCCGUGCAACUGUAUGUGUCACUUUGACUGCCUAAUGCCAAACUAAUGGAGUACCUAUCUGAUUUGUAAAAAGAUGCUACCUAUACGUUAUUUUAUAACUAAUGCGACGAUAGCAAGAACGGUAAUGAUUACGUCUUGCCAAAAUAAAAAAUAGUUAAUGUUUUGACACGUUCUCACAUCAUUUGCUAGUCUCUACAGUUAGUUAUUAAUAAGUAUACGUAUAAAUGUAUGUUUAUAAAUAUUAAUGGUGUGAUUAGAAGAAACGUAUUUUUUUGAAUUUUUAAAAAUAAUAGUACUAUUACAGUUAAAUUCAUGGAGGGUAAUGCUGAAUAAUAUGUGUUCAUUCCAGUCGAUACAUCAAAAAUUUACAAAAAUUGACAUACGCUAUCUAUCAUUUCAUAAGAUAUUUGUUAUCAUAAGAUAUAAAAAUGUUUGGUAAAAUUUGUUUUAACGAAAUACGACGACGUAUCUUUGAAUUGUUUAAUUACAUUUUUCCAACGUGCUAUAAUAUUUCAAGUGAGUAAUUUUAUUGUGAAUCUACGUCAUGCACCCUGCAAUUUUGAUCAUAGAAAACAGUUAUUUUACACAUUUAUUUAUUUCUUUAACAGCUCGCACAAAAGAUUAGUUUUAAUUUGGUAGUUGGUAAAAUGUUUUAUUUAAAGAUAUUAUAUGAAUUCUACAUGAACAUUUAUAAAUAAGAAAACGCUAAAUCAGCAUAUAAAAUAUGCACGCCUCGUGUAUUUAACAUGACAAGUAUUUACAUACUCGUACAUCUUCAUCUACAAGCUGAGUAUUUAUAAUGUUGCAUAUAUAGUAUAGAUCCUUAGUAUUCGAUUAAAUUAAAAGACAGAGAUUCUUAGUAUUUAAUAAAAAGUGUAUACUGCUU